ACAAAUUCCACGACGCUACGUGUUAAGUUGGAGGUUCACAGAGUUCACUAGUUUUCGAUGAAGAAGAUAAAGAAUAAAAGAAACGUGAAUAAAAUAUGAGGCAAAUGGUAUUUCCGCGAUGAAUUGCCUCAAUACCCGCGUUGUCAAGGUUGGGAGAUAAGAUAUUUAACCGAUAGUUUAAAAAAAACUCAUUAGUACAACUUACAACUCUUGUGAUUGUCACCAAAAUGAGGGACUUAAGCUCGCUGAGUAAAGUCGAACUGGAAGAGUUUUUCAGUUCUUUUGAUCGCGUUUUAUCAGACGUGGACGGUGUAUUGUGGUUGUUCUUGGAAAGCAUACCAGGCACACCCGACGGCAUAAAAGCCUUCAAAAAACUAGGAAAAAAAGUCGUCUUCGUUUCCAACAAUUGCACAAAAACCAUAGAAGUCUACCACGGCCAGUUAAAAAAAGCCGGUUUUGACAUAGAACCAGACGAAAUCAUCACCCCGGCCCUCGCCAUGAUUUCCUACUUGAAAAAAAUCAACUUCACCAAAGAGAUCUACGUGAUCGGGAUGUCCGCCAUCCGCAAAGAACUCCAACAAGCCGGGUUCACACUAGCCGAAACUGGCCCAGACCAAAUCAAAGAAACCCUCCAGGAUUUCGCCGCCAAUACCAUCAUCACCAACGAAAACGUCGGCUGCGUGGUGGCAGACGCAGACAUCAAUCUUAACUACCUCAAGCUACAAAGAGCGGCCACGUUCCUGAAGGACCCGGCCGUGAUUUUUAUCACCGGGGCGACGGACAGGAAGUUGCCAAUAGGUUUAAACCACAUCCUGGUCGGGCCUGGGUAUUUCCACCGAAUCUUGGAAGACAUAUCUGGGAGGAAACCAUACGCACUGGCCAAGCCCAGUUCACACCUAAACGAAUACAUUGUGGAAAGGCUGAAAAUCGAAGAUAAGGCGAGGGUGUUGUUCAUCGGAGAUUCAAUUUCAGAAGAUAUGGCUUUUGCAACUACCGCGGGGUACAAGAAGUUGCUGGUUUUGAGCGGACUGGCGAAGAAGGAGGCGGUUUUGGAUUGGAAGUUCCCGGAGGAGUUCAAGCCGGAUUUUUACGUGGAUAGUUUGAAGACGGUGCACGAUUUAGUGGAAAAGCACUUUGGGGCUUGUUAGAACUUAUUUAUUUGUUGUACGUUAUAAUUUAUAAUAAACUGGUGUAUUGAGA